AUGAACCAAGCCCCAGUAUCGUGUAUUCCUGCUACGACCAAGAUGUCAAAGGCCAAGAAGAUCCUUGAUGAAGCUCGGGAAAUCCAAAAUCCUGAGCUUGAUCUCGCAGAUAAAAAUGUAUCGACCUUUGAGGAGAUGCCUGGUUUGCUUAAUAUGUUAAACAUCACAAGAUUGACGUUGAGUCACAAUAAAAUCCAACUUGUCCCGCCAGGGCUAGCAAAUCUUGUAAACUUGGAGAUAUUAAAUCUAUUUAACAACCACAUUACAGAAUUGCCUAUUUCUUUAUCACAGAUGCCAAAAUUAAGAAUACUUAAUGUUGGGAUGAAUCGAUUGGAUGUUCUACCAAGAGGUUUUGGUGCCUUCCCAGUUCUUGAAGUGCUUGAUUUAACUUACAACAAUCUCCAUGAGAAAAACUUACCUGGGAACUUUUUUAUGAUGGAAACGUUACGAGCUCUCUAUCUCGCUGACAACGACUUUGAAUAUUUACCCCCAGAAAUCGGUCAUCUGAAAAAUCUUCAAAUUCUAGUUCUUCGUGAAAAUGAUUUAAUAGAAUUACCAAAAGAAAUUGGCGAACUGACUCGACUCCGAGAGUUACACAUUCAAGGAAAUCGUUUGACUGUUCUUCCUCCAGAAAUCGGUAAUCUUGAUUUAGUCAGUAAUAAAGCAGUUUUUAGAAUGGAGUUCAAUCCAUGGGUUACACCUAUCGGUGAUCAAUUACAAAGACUAACUACUUAA